UGCGGCAGCUGCACAGGGAGUUCCUGAGAGCAGGCUCCAAUGUCAUGCAGACGUUCACUUUCUACGCAAGCGACGAUAAACUGGAGAACAGGGGCCACACUCAGCGCUUCACUGGGCAGCAAAUCAACGAGGCAGCUUGUGACCUGGCCAGGGAGGUGGCUGAUGAAGGUGAUGCUCUGGUGGCAGGAGGAGUCUCUCAGACCCCCGCUUACCUCAGCUGCAAGAGCGAGACUGAUGUCAAGGCCAUCUUUAAGAAACAGACCGAUGUCUUUGUCAAGAAAAACGUGGACUUCUUGAUUGCAGAGUACUUCGAGCACGUGGAAGAGGCCGAGUGGGCCGUCCAGGUUCUGAAGAGCACCGGGAAGGCCGUGGCUGCAACUCUGUGCAUCGGACCUGAGGGAGACCUGAACCGAGUCAGCCCCGGAGACUGUGCCGUCAGACUCGUCAAGGCUGGUAUGAAUGGGUCUUAAAACCUCCUGUUCCACAGCAGAGGGCUGCAGGAAUG